UUGCAUGGGGGGCAACAAGAGGGGGUCUCCUCCUGAAGGGGUGUUGCCUGCACCUUCCAGGACUCGGGCUCCGACGCGGGAAAGGAGCCCCCAGUCUCCGCCCCCCUGAGAGUCCCGAGCUGGUUUGGCGCGAGCUUGCUUCAGUGUCCGGGUCCCGACCCUCCCAGUCCAGCAAGCACAAGCUGCGCUGAUCGCACUUGGGUACCUGACUAGCCGCUACAAGGGAGCGCCCUAUAGCUGGUAGCAUGGAUCCCUUCGGCAUGCAACAAGGAAACCUUUCAGGAAAGAAGAACCUCAGAACAUUCCGAAAUAUGAAAUUGAUCCCCAUGGAAACCUCAUCAUCUGAUGACAGUUGUGACAGUUUUGGUUCUGAUAAUUUUGCAAACACUAAACGCAAGUUUAGGUCAGGUAUCACAGAAGAACUGGCUAAAAUUUUUUGUGAGGCCUCAGAUGAUGAUUCGUUCUGCGGUUUUUCAGAAAGUGAGAUUCAAGAUGUAUUGACAUUGGAGUCAGACGCUGAGAAAAAUGAUUUACGUGCUGAGAACAAAUUGCAGUAUAGGAGACGUGAGAGACACUCGAUUCCUCUGAAAGUGGCUAUGAAGUUUCCAUCACCUCCUGAAAUGCAGCCAUCUGCCCUGGAUUCUGACUCUGACUCUGAAGAAAAGGGCCCCAAAUUCUUAGAGAAAAGAGCUUUAAACAUAAAGGAAAACAAAGCAAUGCUAGCAAAACUAAUGGCUGAAUUAAAAAAUGUCCCUGGUAUUUUCACUGACAGAAGAUCGUUAUCAACUACCAGCCCAAGACCAAAGCGGGCUCCAAGAAGCUCAUUUCCCCAAAGUGCUUUAAGGAGGAACCCAGACCGAAUUUCUCGGCCUCACACCAGAUCCAGGUCCCUGAUUGAUGGACCACCUACUCCUCUACAAGAGGAGGAAGAAGAUGACAGGUACAGCUUAGUGAGGCGAAGAAAGAUGUCUGACGAAUACUUAGAGCAGGAAAUUCGAACUCCCAGGAGAAGUCGCCCUGGUGCUAUGGCUCUUCCUCAUGUCGUACGUCCAGUGGAAGAAAUAACAGAGGAAGAGUUGGAUAAUAUCUGUGAAACUGCUCGAGAUAAAGUAUAUAACCAGGUGAUGGGAUCUACUUGUCAUCAGUGUCGCCAAAAAACCAUCGAUACUAAGACAAACUGCCGUAACCCAGACUGCGUAGGAGUGCGGGGUCAGUUCUGUGGACCUUGUCUACGCAAUCGAUAUGGGGAAGAUGUCAGGACUGCAUUGCUGGACCCAAACUGGCGCUGCCCACCUUGUCGUGGAAUCUGCAAUUGUAGCUUCUGCAGACAGCGGGAUGGCCGGUGUGCUACUGGCGUGCUGGUUUAUUUGGCCAAGUAUCAUGGCUACGACAAUGUUCAUGCUUACUUAAACAGUCUGAAACGUGAACUUGAAAUGGAAGAUUAAGCUUGUGAUGGGUUGUCAAUGGCACCUUCCUGCAGUUGUGUGCUUUUUCUUCCAUGUCCCACUUCGUGUGCAAUUGAUUGUUCAAACACUUUUGGAUUUUAAUCCCAGGAUAAUCAGCAUUUUCUUUUCUUUCUUUUCCAAGUAAAAAGGGACAACGUUUUCCAAGAUAAUCAGUAGUUCUUCCACAGAUCAUGUUGAGUCCUGGGCUGCAGGCAGUGAUGCUCUUUUAAAUACUGUUGGAUAAGCGCUUUCUUCCCCUUCCUGUUGUUAUGCAGUCUGGCUAGCAUCCACUUUGGCCUUUCUCUCUGAAACAAGAGGGUGAAGCUUGAUGCAGCUUUAAACUGAUAGUGUCUUGUUCAGACAGUUGUCUUCGUUGCAGUUUUUAUUUACAGUUAACAGUAUUGAAAACAUUAAAUGCAUUUAAAAUAUUAAUUGUGGUGUUUCACAUGGACCUAUGUGGAAAUAUAGAUGUUAAACCUUGGCCUGGUGAAAUUAGUUAAUUUCUGUCUCUAAAAAUUCAGGAAGAGUAACAGUAGCCAAUUGAAGCUGAAAUCUGUUAAGCGUCAUGAUAGAUCGGUUAUAAAAUUAGCAACUACAAAAUUAUCACUAGUCCUUCAAAGAAUUAAAAAUUUAUUGAGAUUGUUUUAAAACUUCUUUAUGGUGGGCACGUUUUCAUCGUUUGGUUUUAUACAGUGCUCAGAAGUGUAAAAAAGCAGCAUUUUUGCCCCCUCUGCUUGAAUAAGGAAUUAAUAUAAAAGUUUAAGGUUUCUAGUGUGUGACAAAAUGGGAAAAUGCACAGCUGAGAGAACUUUUGAGGGCCAAAAGUUUGAUGGUCUCUGUUCAUAGCUUCCUUUUCCCUUGUGAGUAUAGAACAUUGCUGCAAACUUCUAGGGCAGCCACAUUUUUCCUCACUGAACUAGUACUAGUGCAGCUCCACUGACAAUAGCAAUGGUAGCAAUCCUAAUGUGGGCUGACAAUGGUGAUGGAAAAUGACUGCAUCCUGUUUAUAUUAGUGUUUCCACUAUUGCUGCCAAGUAAUGCUGCAUCAGUGCAAGGUCAACAGUGAGAAAGUACUACAGUGUAAGUACACAAUUUCUACUUGAGAUACAGGCAUACGGUCAGUUUGAGAAGCUUAUUUAAUCAAUCACAAAUUAGAUUGCAAAUGGAAUAAAUUGAUCAAAUGUAAUAAAUCAUCAUAUUUACUGCUUUCAGAACUUUAUGAUCAAAUGGUCUCUAGCCUUUUGGAACUGGAGCCUGAAUUUUCUUCUUUUUUUUUUUUUUUUUUUUUUUUUUAAGGCCCCAGUGGUUUUCAAAACCCAUGGUUAGGUUGGAACUUAUAUGAAACCCUUCUAGCUAUGUAGUACAGCUCAGAUUCAGAUUCUUUUUAAAAGAAAUCACAUAUCCUGGCUAAUAGGGUAUUAAUGGGAUUUGCAAUCCUUUCCUCUAAAGGCUAAAAAGUAAUAGUCUGGGAGUGCAGAUGUAAUGGUUGAAUAUAUUUUGGUAGCAUUCACACAUGCUGUGGCCUAAUCCUGAGCACAGUAUCGCUGUAGAAAGUUAUUUUGCAUGACAUGGUUAAUGAACUUUAAGUCCAGCUAAAAGCAAGGACUUAAAGUUGAAAAGCUCUAGUUUGGACUACUGUGUAAUUAAAGCAAUGGAAAGUAGUACGUUGUAUGAAUCAAUCUAACAAUGAAAAUUAUUGUACAGUUAAUGAAGACUUAGAAAGUAAUAUUAUAAAUGAGAUCAAUCCUAACUAGAAUCACCUUGGCUUUGUUGAACUAGAACUAAUUGAAUCUUUUUGGUAGAAGGCUAUUUUAUGCAUCAGCUUUUUUCUAUAGUGAUAUUUACUUCUUACCACAAUUCAGCACCUCAUACUGCUAGAGUGAAACUUUUAAAGGCAUUUAGGCAUCCAACAACUCCCACUGCCUUUCAUGACUCUCAUUUUGUGUCUGAAAAUUCCCCUUCACCCAUUUUCUUUUAAUUAUGUGAAACCUUGAACCAAUGUAUAAUCAAAGGUUUGGAUAGCAUUCAUCCUAGAGUGAAUAUUUCCUUUUUGGUCAAAAAUCGUAGACUGAUCUUUUUCAUUUCAUGAAUGGGAACUUUAGAAAUAUAUGUGCAGUGAUAAUUCAGGUAACCUUCUAAUUGACAUACCUGUCCUUGGGUUGCUAAGUUUUUAGGUUUGUAUUAAGUCAAGACUUUAAUGCUCAUCUUGAGGAUGUUAUAUGAAUAAAUGCUGUAACUAGAUAGUCUGAUCUAUGAAUUGUUUCUGUACAAAAUUUUAUUUUAUAAUUUUGAUAAUAAAAGUUUUGCGAAGA